CUCUUCUUCACCCUCGCCUUCGCACCCUCGAGUCGCAACAAGUGCUCUAGCAAAGCUUCGACGGCUCCGCGGACACUCGUUCAUCUUCUUCGUACACUCGCUAUCCGUGCCAAACCACCAUGGUCGUGUGGAAGGGCCUGCUUUCGACCGCAGUCGCUGCCUUGGCUGCCAGCGGGGCUCAGGCCGCCAGCUACGACGACAUUCCCGACAUUCAGGUCGUUGGCCAGCAUUUCUUCUACACAAACAAUGGCUCGCAGUUUUUCAUGAAGGGUGUUGCCUACCAGCAAAACUACAACCCCAAUGGCUCCACUAGCACAAACGUUACAUACACCGACCCCCUCGCCGACGGCAAUGCCUGCCGACGAGACAUUCCUUACCUCAAGCAACUCUUCACAAACGUCAUCCGUGUCUAUGCCAUUGACCCGACAAAGAACCACGAUGACUGCAUGGCGCAGCUGGCCAGCGCUGACAUUUACGUCGUUUCGGAUUUGGGCGAGCCCGCGACAUCCAUCAACUCAAAUGAUCCCGAGUGGGACGUUACCCUUUACCAGCGGUACACGGGCGUCAUCGACUCGCUCGCCAAGUACAAGAACGUCAUUGGUUUCUUCGCCGGUAACGAGAACGUCAGUGCCGACAACCAGACGGCGGCUGCUGCAUUUGUCAAGGCUGCUGUCCGCGACACCAAGGCUUACAUCCAGACGCAAAAGUACCGCAAGACGCUGGGUGUGGGAUACGCUACCGCUGACGUGCCUUCGCGCGACGAUCUUGCCCACUACUUUGCCUGCGAGCCCGGUAACACGGGCAACAGCACAUCUAUUGACUUCUGGGGCUACAAUGUGUACUCGUGGUGCGGCGACAGCAGCUACCAGGCUUCCUCUUACGAUGAGCGUGUCAAGUUCUUCAGCGACUAUCCUGUCCCUGUCUUCUUCGCCGAGUACGGAUGCAUUGUGGGUCUUCCGGGCGGUCCUACCAGCCGUCCCUUUACCGAAGUUCCCGUCCUGUUUGGCAACAUGACUAGUGUAUUCUCCGGAGGUAUCGUCUACGAGUGGUUCAUGGGCGCCAACAACUACGGCCUUGUCGAAAUCACCGACAACGGUGCCAGCGUCUCGCCCUACCCUGACUUUACCUCUCUCCGCAAUCAGUUGGCCAAGGUUUCGCCGACCAGCACCAAGCUCUCAGACUACAAGCCUUCCAACACGCCGCCUGCGUGCCCUACUGUCAGUGGCACAUGGCUUGCCAACCCUACUCCAUUGCCUCCGACCGUCAACCCCCAGCUCUGCUCCUGCAUGGUACAGAGUCUGGACUGUGUCUACACUUCCGACGACGACAAGGCCUACGGCAAGGAUUUUGGCUACAUCUGCGGCCAAAACGAAAAGAACUGCGCGGGUAUUACUCGCAAUGCUACCAUGGGCGCAUACGGCGCUUACUCUGGCUGCAACCCCAAGGACCAACUUGCCUUUGCCGCCAACCAAUACUACAUUGGCCAAGGCAAGCGCUCCGAUGCCUGCAAGUUCUCUGGCAGGGCCAGCGUUCAACAAGCAACCACUGCCAGCGGCUGUGCGUCUCUCCUGAGCCAAGCCGGCGUAAACGGCCAAGGCACCGUCCCCACUGCUACCGGCAGAGGAGGCAGCGCGGGUGGUAGCGCAGCUUCGGGCUCGCACUCUGGCUCCAAGGGCGCUGCUGCCAACAUCAACGCCCCGGGUUUCUUCGCCCAUGGCCAGCUGGUAAUGAGCGCCUACACUGUCAUGGCUGCUGCCAGUUUCUUCGCCAUGCUCAUGCUAUAAAUAAUUCCACACAAAGCGUACAAAGCAAAAGAAAUGGGUGUACCAUAUAUCUCCUUGCGUUUUUUUUUCCUUUUAUUUUCCCCUAUUCAAUACUGGAGAUGGAUAGAAGAGGUAUAAUAAGAAAGGCAUGUUUGGUCUUUUUUUGGCAGGCUAGGAAGAGACUCUUUUUUUUUACAUUAGUCCUUAUAGUCUCCCAUCCUUUUUAAAAAAAAUCCAUCCUUCAAAAAAAAACAAUGGCCUUGGCCUUUCUUUAUCCACUUUGAUAUCUAUCUCCUCUACUGUUGUUUUUUCAUAGAUGUGCUAAACUUACACUUUCU